AUGCAGCGACACAGCAGGACCCUGACGCUUCCACGCGUUCCGCGGAUCUGCGCUGCAUCGGCCGGCUCAAGAAACUCGAUCCCGACUUCGGUCAAGUUAUCCAAUCGAUCGAUACAGACACACUCGUAUGACACGCCGACUCGACCUUGCUACUUGGGUCGUGCGAAACGGCGGCUGCUGCGAAUUGGUGAUGGAGCCGGGUUGUUGCCAUCAUACAGUGUAGUCGGAUGCGGGGCGGCCGCGCUUUCACUUUGUGAUUUGACCAACGUCAACCAACGAAAAUGUGGAGGACAAGCGCCGGUGAGACUGAUCUGGUGCCCCUUGAUGCGCCUUCACCUGACACGGACAAACGCGUCAGUCCAGAGCUCGCACGCUUGGCACUCUGGCAGUGUUAUGUUGGACCCUUUGCGGUAA